AUGGCCGACGAAGAAAAACAUGUAAAUCCAGAGGCAGCUUUGCCCGAUUCAACGACCAAAGAUGCCGAAGGCGACGAUUUGUCCUCUCCGAGGGCUGUACUGGAGGUCCCUGUUUCUGGUUCGUCCGACUCCGAUACCAGCAGCACCAGCAGCUCUGGCGGAGGAAGCUGUGGUGGCUCCAUCGCCGAGAAAUCCUCCGGCAACGGAGCUCACUCCCCGCAGGGUCACGGGGGCUUGCAGUGGAGAAAAUUGAUAGAUAACGUGAAGAGGAGAUCGGUGAGGGGCGCUGAGGAUGAAAUGGACUGUGGCGACUUGGUGGUGCCAAAGCCCUCUUGGCGGAACUUCAGCCACGCCGAGCUCGCCGCUGCAACUGACAAUUUCAGCUCAGAGAAGUUGAUUGGGAAAGGGGGUCAUGCGGAAGUAUACAAGGGAUGCUUACCUGACGGUGAAGUCGUGGCGGUGAAGAAAAUAACAAAGAAGAAUAAAAACGGGGAGGAUAGAGUCGGGGAUUUCUUAUCCGAGCUUGGGAUAAUUGCUCACAUCAACCACUCAAACGCUGCUAAACUGGUCGGCUUCAGUUCCGAUGAUGGCUUGCACCUCGUCCUUCAUCUGGGUAAUUUGACUGAACGGGAGAGGUUCAGCAUUUCAGGUUCAAGCGAGUAUCUAGAAUGGAAGAUAAGGUUUAAGGUAGCACUUGGGGUGGCCGAGGGAUUGCGUUAUCUCCAUUAUGAAUGCCCUAGGCGCAUCAUCCACAGAGACAUCACAGCCUCCAACAUAUUACUCACAGAGGACUAUGAACCUCAGAUAUCAGACUUUGGACUAGCAAAAUGGCUUCCUGAAAAUUGGGCUCACCAUGUUGUCCACCCCAUUGAAGGGACGUUUGGGUAUAUGGCUCCUGAAUAUUUCAUGCAUGGAGUCGUGGAUGAGAAGACUGACGUAUUUGCAUUUGGGGUUUUGUUACUGGAACUCAUAACAGGUCGCCGUGCAGUUGAUUCAUGUCGACAGAGCCUUGUGAUGUGGGCAAAGCCACUGUUGGAGAAGGGUCAUGUGAAGGACAUAGCGGAUCCUCGACUCGGAGACACCUAUGAUAGCAGUGAAAUGCAGCGUGCCAUAGUGAAGGAAGCCUAUUCGGCAUUGUAUAGAUGUAAAUUGAGUGAGAUUUCAGAAUUGGAGUGUAGCCCCUUGGGGGAUACCAGCUUGGUAGAAUGA